AUGUCUGAACUAGACCAACCUCCAACCAAAAAGAUAAAACUGCAGCAAUCAGAACAUCGUCUAGAGUUGAGUGAUCCGACUGAACCAUUAACUCAACGAGACGUUAUUGCAUUUCAAAAGGAAGCCAUAUUUAGAUGCCUCAAUCAAAAUAGAACUUUAUUAGAUUCUUUGAAAGUUAAAUAUGAAGUAACUGAAAGAGACUAUAACGGUAUAGUUUCUCAAAUUUCUAAAAUAAUUACCAUAUUCUUCACUUUAUUGAAUUUGAUCCAUUCUUCUUCCAUAUUCAGCUCCUCCAUACUGAAUGAUGAUGAAAGGAAACUGAUUGAAAACUUACUUCUUAACUCAAAGAACGACGAUGAUGCGGAUUCAAAUACACCUGUUCACCUCAUUAUUGAAUCAUCGACGCAGCUCAUGGAUAUAUUCAAUAAAUGUCUUUCGAAAGACCAAGAAUUUCAAUUAGAUAAAAAUAAAUUGAUGCAAAAUUUGGAAAAAUUGACAAAUGAAAAAUCAAAAUUAUCUUUACAAAAUGAAAAAUUAAAUAAUCAAUUAACUUCAUUACAAACACACUAUGAAUCAUUAAUUAAAAAAUAUGAUAGGGAUGAUUCCAUUACUGUGAAGAGAGUCUUCAGUAAAGAAAUUUCCAAUUGUAAAGAUGUAGGUCCCAAUGUUCAAGAAGUGAAUACACAACAACAAUUUGCUAGUGGAACUGAAACAAAAUUGGAACAAAAAGGUGGACUGAUAGACUCUACGAUACAAGCCAACAACAAUAUUGCAUUAAGUCCCAAGGGGGAUGUUGAAGGGCAACAAGAAAAUAGUUGUAACGUCACAAACGGUGAUUCGUUAAGUGAUGAUAAAAAAAUCUUACAAUACGAAGUUAAGAUAUCUGAUUUAGAAAAUCAAAUUGUAAUACUAAAUGAUACUCUAAAAAGUCUGGAGGAAAUCAAAUUAGAAAAUGAAAAUAAAAUAAGAGAGUUGAAUACUCAAGUUUCACAAAAAAUUAAUAUAAGUAUAUCGAAAGAUCGUUUCAAUUCUAGUAUUUCUGUAGAUAAUAGUGAUCGAGAUAUGUUAAUGAUAAAAAUUGAUCAAUUAACCAAGGAAAACAAAGAGUUAACAGAAACAAACGAACAGUUUCUCUCUAAAUUCCAAAAAUUAUCAAGUGAUCAAGAAUUCAUAACAAACAAUAUUAAAGAACAAUUCAAAGCUUCGAAUGGUAAUUUAUUUAAGAUGAAUCAAUCCUUAGAAAAGGAUUUAACAAGAAUAAGAACUACCCGUGAUGAACUUCUAAGCAAAUUAGCCAUAUUAGAGAAGGAAAAAUCCAAAUCUGAAUUAUUAACAGAUUUAGAAAAUGUAAAUAAAAUAUUAACAGAACAAUGGAAAAGUAUGGAAAAGAGAAAUUCCACAUAUUCAUCAGAUUCACCAGAUAAACAAUCAUUGUUAAAGGAAAUUCAAGAUAUGGAAAUGGCAUUUAAAGAUGUAUCUACAUUACUCAAUAAGAAAUAUAUUAAGUUAUCAAAUUCAGAAUCGACUAUUACAAAAUUAUCAGUAGAAAAGACCAAAGCAGAUCAAAAAUAUUUUGCUGCGAUGAGAUCCAAGGAUUCCAUAUUAAUUGAAAAUAAGAAUAUAUUAAAGAAAUUUAAUAAGAUUAAUGAUUUGAUUCUUCAAUUGAAAGAUAAUGAAAUAAUAUUGACUAAGAAAAUUGAAAACUUACAAAAACAAUUGAAUUUUUCUCAAUUGAAUGAAAAAGGGCUGAUUAAUAAGAAUAAGACGAUUUCUACAAAUUUGGUCAACUUAAAUUCUGAGAUAAAUAAUUUGAAAAAGAUAAAUUCUAAUUUGAAUCAAUUAAAUUUAACACAAGCGAAUGAUUUAACAAAAUUAAAUUCUCUUAUGAAAUCUAUUGAAAUGGAAAAUAAAAAAUUAACAUCCAAAAAUGGACAACUGGAGAAAACUAAUAUGAAACUUUCUGAUAAAUUGUUCAAAGAUAAUAAAAGUAAUAAUAUUAAUGGUGGUAACAAUACAAUGAUAGAUACCAACCAAAAUGAAGAGCUGGAGAAUUUCCGUCAAUUAGUGUAUUGUUCAUUAUGUUCCAAGAAUUGGAAAAACAUGGCCAUUAAGACUUGCGGACAUGUAUUUUGUCAAGACUGUUGUAAAGAGAGAUUAGCAGCAAGAAUGAGGAAAUGUCCAACUUGUAAUAAUCCAUUCGGCUCCAACGAUUUGAUGGCUAUCCAUCUAUAA